CCGCCUUUGUGAGAAGGAAGAGGAAGAGAAAGAUCAAGGGAGAAAAAGAAAAACGAUUAUUAACGACUUAUCGCGACCUUUUUCGAGACCGGUAUCGCUGUCAUGAUGGAACGGCUUCGUCGUUCUUAUGGUGCACGCGAUUGUCACGCGGCCGACGACUGACGAUAAACAUACACACGCAAAUAAGAAGAUUCGCGAUCGAAGCCUCUGUCUGUCGUCGUUCGACAGUUCGCAGUCAUUGCGAUCGAUACGAAACGAGUCUCUCCGAAGAGCCUCUUGGAGUACAUUUUUCUUCGCGGUUCAGGUAUCAGUGCGGAGUUUCGGUCAAUAACGCGAAAAUGAGUCAAAAGCCAAUUCCAGCAAAGCUGGAAUUUUUAGUCACCAAAUCUUACAAGAGAUCGAAGAAUGAAAUCGUGUGCGAAAUAAAAGAGUGUUCGAAAAAGAAGGUAGAAAUACAGAUGGAGAAAACAAAGGAGAAAAUACACGAAGCGCAGAAGGCAAAGUCUACGAAGGAUGAUAAAGAUGACAAAGCGAUUCAUGCAAAAGUUCCUGAAGAGAGUCCUGUUAAGAAUAUAAAACUAAUUGAGGUGACUCCUGAAGCUACAAAAGUAUGUGAAGCAUUGAAGAAUGAAUCUCCGAAAGUUAUUAAGUUAGAAACCAGCGCUGAGAUUCCUCAUGUUACAAAAAUACUCGAAAUUCCGAAGACAGAGUCUACGAAGAAUGUUAAAGAUGAUAAACUGGCCAUUCCUACGAAGGAUUCUGAAGAAAGUUACGUUAAAAAUACAAAACCAAUUGAGGACCAGUUUGAGGAACUUAUAAAAGUACAAGAUAUAAAGAAAGAGUCUUCAAAGGAUAUCGAAGAUGAUAAAUUAAAAACCCUCAUUGAACUGACAUCCCACACUACUACGUCUCUUGAGUCCCUCUCACUCUCUACAGAAACGCAGAAGACAGAGUCUACUGAGACUGUUAAAGAUAAUAGUUCAGAAAUUUUACCUCAGGAUCCUGAAAAAAGUAAUGUCAAGGAUAUAAAACUAGCUGAAGAUGAAAACAAAACGAAAAAGAUUCCUGUUCUUAGAAAGGAUUUGCUCAAUCCUUGGGAUCUUGGUGCGCGUAAAAUUUGGCGGCCCAUAUCGGCACCGAAUUUGAACGAGACUCCUUUGAUUCUGGCGAUACAUCUAGUGCCAUCAUUGCCAAUCGAGCUCUUCGAAGUGUUUGCGGAAAUUAUCGAAGUCAUCACAAAAAAACCGGUCGUUUUGUUGUACGAGACCAGAUUUGGACGACCGGUUGCCAAGGACGUUGUCGAUUUAGCUAUCCUGCCAGCGGCCGAUGAUUGGAACGAUGGUAUCCUCUUACCCGUCAGCUUCGUUUUCGAGCAUUAUUUGAACAAGAACAACUCGCCCCACGUUUACAUCGAUGUAAUCCUCGCCGAUGAUCGCGCUUCGCACGUUGAAAAUAUUAUGGACCUGCGAGGACACAGAUGCGCAAUUCCAAACAGAUGCGAUAAAAACUGCGCCACUUCAUUGCUCUUCAAUUAUCUGCGAACAAGAGGCGAGAACCCGGCGUUUUUCGGAAAUAUACUCGAUGGUAAUUCGCAACUUGAUGUAUUGCGAAUGGUUGUCGGGAAGCAGGCGGAAGCAGGUGUCUUGGAUGCACCGGUAAUCAGAUGUCACAAAAUGAACAUAAUCGGCGCAGAGUUUCUUCAAAUCCUCGCCAGUCUGGGACCUCUGCCACCUUAUCGUAUCAUGAUCAACAAAAUGCUAGCGGAUGCAUUUGUUGAAGAGCUCACAACUUACCUGCUAAAUAUUAAUCAGCACAAGGAAUGGAUGGACAGGCUGUCUUCCUUCGGCAUCGUCGGUUUUGCCGAAAAUUCACCAGACUUUUACAAUCUGGAUGACAUAAAAUCCGUAGCUACUAGCGUACCUUAUUACUAAGUUUGUUUUAUAAAACAUAUUUAUUAUUUAUCUCUCUUUUAAUUUUUAUAUAUACUUUUUUUAUUUGGGUUUUUCUUCAAUAAUAUAAUAUAAUAUAAUCUCUUAUUAAAUCUAAAUAAAUAUAAUUCACAAAUUUUA